AUGUUUGGCGUCUUUCAGGUUGACAUUCUUGACUGUUUGCAUGAAGAUUCCCUGCUGGUUUCCAUUGUCGGAAUGGCCCUGUACACGGGCUACGUGUUCAUGCCUCAGCACAUCAUGGCAAUACUGCACUACUUCGAAAUUGUGCAGUGA